AUCCUCCAGGCAGGCAGGCGGCGCUGAGCGGAAGUGGCCGCUCUAUCCGCAUGCCCCUCCUCCAUCCUUCCCUCUCUGUGGUUCUUCCGGUGGUGCUUCCCCUCCGUGCUUUGCCCGCUGCCGGCGCUGCAGCUGUGUCCCACCACGCGUGUCCCUCUUCCCUCACCAUGUACAACUGUACAAAGCUCGUCACUGUUCCUGCGCUGGUGUGGAGGAGCCCACGUGUGCUGUGCCAGCCUCUCUCUGCCUCCCUGCUCAGCAAACCCAAUGCACACAUGGAGCAGGUGAACCCAAGUGCCCGUAGGAGCAUCGUGACGAGUGUUGCCCGCAGGGACAUCGACACUGCAGCCAAAUUCAUCGGUGCUGGAGCAGCCACUGUGGGGGUGGCAGGUUCUGGGGCUGGAAUUGGCACCGUCUUUGGCAGUCUCAUCAUUGGUUAUGCCAGGAAUCCUUCUCUGAAGCAGCAGCUGUUCUCCUAUGCUAUCCUGGGAUUCGCCCUGUCUGAGGCUAUGGGACUCUUCUGCCUCAUGGUGGCCUUCCUCAUCCUCUUUGCCAUGUGAUGGAACCAAUGGCAGUGAUACAGUGAUACAGUGACAUGGUGACAGUGCCUGCACCUCAAACACAGCUGUGAAUGUCCGGCGUGGGGCAGGGCCAGCCCCAAACCUCACCCCAACUGAUGGGGGGAAUAAAUACGGUUGGAUGACA